AAACUUUUUGCGACAAGACAAUUCCAUCGGGAUUCCCAGGUGUGCUAUAUACACACCCUCCGGGAGAGCGUUUAGCAGCCAUGUUCCCCGAUAGUCGGGGCGUGAGCCCUUCUAUCAUGGCGGAGAUCACACAUUACGUCCUGGAGCUAUGGCAUGAACACCGGAUUCCGAUUAUCAUGUCGACCCUGUUCGUGCUGAGCCUGCUGCGAAUUUACCUCCAUUCAACCCAGUCAAAGCAAGGACUACAAGCAUUCCCGAAGGCCUACGAGAAGGUCGCUCCGAGCGAGAAGAUCAACGUCGACGAGAAGCCCAAACUGGUGGUGGUAAAGGAGGACGACUCCGAGGGAUCCGAAAGCACAGGGACAACAAAUGAAAAGAGGGCGACAAAGCAAGGCCCAAGGAGGAUAAAAGGCGACGUUAGCAAGAAGGGGCGUGGGAGCGUAGAGGCUGAGGGCGAGGCACGCAACAUUCAGGUCCUCGUGUUCUUCUCGUCAUUAACGGCCAACACGCCGAAGAUUGCCCAGGCCUUCACGCAAGAGCUAGCAAGCACCCUGGGUUGUUCUGCCGAAGGGAAACCAGACAGCAAGUUCCUGCCACCACAGGUUUUGGAUCUAGCUGAGAUUGACUUCGACGAAUACUUCAUCACACCCCCAAAGUCCGAGUCCGAGCGGACGGACGUCUUUUAUCUCUUCGUUAUCCCCAGCUACAACAUCGACUGCAUUAACGACACUUUCCUCGAACACCUCCAAGAAACUCACCAUGACUUCCGCAUCGAUACCUCCCCGCUCGCUCCGAUUCUGGGAUACUCAGUGUUUGGCUUGGGGGAUAGGGAGGGGUGGCCAACCGAAGAGGAGGGGUUCUGUUUCCAGGCAAAGGAGGUCGACAGGUGGAUGGCCAAACUGAGUGGGCGGAAACGCGCAUAUCCUUUGGGAAUGGGUGACUGGAAAAGGGACGGAAAGGAGAGGUUGUUGGAGUGGCGAACCGGAUUGACGGAUGUUCUCAAGCAACUGGAACAAACCGGGGCGUUGGGAGAAGGGGUCCCAGGCUCUGGAGAUCCUCUGGAGAGCGACGACGAAGAAGAGGCGGAAGAUGACGGAGAAGUAGUGGUUGAAGAGGUCUCCGUGUCUAAGGCCACCAAGGGGCGGAGUUCUGGCAGCCUCGAAGAUGUCGAAGACAUCGGCCGGAUCAUGGAGCUAUCGCGGGCGGACGGCCCCGAUCAGAAGAAGCCGGCGGCACCACUGGCGAUUGAUUUCACGACGGAAGGAAAACCAGUGUCCAAAAAGGUCACCAGCGCCACAGUGAAGGAGAUGGUACCAAAGAGCUCACCCACCUACGCGGCCCUGACAAAACAGGGUUACUCGAUCGUCGGUUCCCACUCAGGGGUCAAGAUUUGCCGCUGGACCAAAUCAGCCCUCCGCGGUCGGGGAUCCUGCUACAAAUUCUCCUUUUACGGAAUCAACUCCCACCAGUGCAUGGAAUCCACCCCUUCCCUCUCCUGCUCCAACAAAUGCGUCUUCUGCUGGCGCCACGGCACCAACCCGGUCGGCACGACCUGGCGCUGGGUAGUGGACCCGCCCCAACUAAUCUUCGACGGCGUCAAGGAGAACCACUACAAAAAGAUCAAGAUGAUGCGCGGCGUGCCCGGGGUGCGGGCCGAGCGGUUCGCCGAGGCCAUGCGCGUACGGCACUGCGCGCUAUCGCUGGUCGGCGAACCCAUCUUCUACCCGCACAUCAACGAGUUCCUAGCCAUGCUCCACGCGGAGCGCAUCUCAUCGUUCCUCGUCUGCAACGCGCAGCACCCGGACCAGCUCGCGGCGCUGCAGCACGUCACGCAGCUGUACGUCAGCAUCGACGCGUCCAACCGCGAGUCGCUGCGGCGCAUCGACCGCCCGCUGCACCGCGACUUCUGGGAGCGCUUCCAGCGCUGCCUCGACAUCCUGCGCGAGCGCCGCUUCCGCCAGCGCACCGUCUUCCGCCUGACGCUGGUCAAGGGCUUCAACAUCGAGGACGAGGCCGAGGGGUACGCCGACCUGGUCGAGAAGGGGCUCCCUUGCUUCGUCGAGGUCAAGGGCGUCACCUACUGCGGCACGUCCACCUCCAGCAAUGCCGGCCUGACCAUGGCCAACGUGCCCUUCUACCAGGAGGUGUGCGACUUCGUCGUCGCCCUCGAGCGGGCGCUGCGCAAGCGCGGCUUGGAGUACGGCAUCGCGGCCGAGCACGCCCACAGCUGCUGCAUCCUGCUCGCGAGCGAGCGCUUCCUAGUGGACGGGAAGUGGCACACGCUGAUCGACUAUGACAGGUUCUUUGAGCUGCUGGAGGAGAAGGGGCUGGAUGGGGAUUUCAGCCCGGAGGAUUACAUGGGCGCGGCGACGCCCGAGUGGGCGACGUGGGGCAAUGGCGGGUUUGAUCCGAGAGAUCAGAGGGUGGAUCGGAAGGGGCGGCCUAUUGAAGCUACGUAGACUGGCGGAACGCAGCUGGGCGAUGGGAUAGGAAUGAUAGGUACAUACCUUUCUCUAUCGACCUGCUGAUUUGCUUCGUAAUAAGUGCAGUGUUCUCA